AUGAUUGACAGACGACUUAGAGGAUUUAAUAGUGAUGAGGCUCCAGAAAGAAGGUUUAGUGGCAUAAUAGUUGGAGAUGCUGGCUCUCAACAACUUAACUGGAACCCCAAAGUUGAUUGCCCUACUGGUUUGCACAUUUGUUGCCUACCCAUCAGAUAUGAGAUACUGUCACUUCGAGAACAGGGUUUGGAUGUUCCGCUGAGAGUGUUAACAGAGAAGAGGCCUCCUGAGAGUGAGGGGCUUGAGGGAGAGGAUAACGACUCUCACUCUUCACUAGGUGAUUCAGUGCUGGACACUGCAGGUACAGAGUUUGAAAAAACAGAGAAGGAAGCUCCAAAGGAGAAAGCUGGAGCUUCGGAGGACCCUGAGUCCAAGGAAGUGGAGAUGGAUGAUUGGCUCUUUGGGUUUACGCAACUAUUCAGAACCCAUGUUGGUAUUGACCUAGAUGCUCGCAUUGACCUACAUGAGCUUGGGAUGGAGCUCUGUUCUGAAGCUCUUGAGGAGACAGUGACAAGCGAAGAGGCUCAACGCCUGUUUGACAAGGAUGCUCCAAAAUUCCAGGAGGUAGCUGCAUUGGCUUUCUUCAAUUGGGGGAAUGUUCAUAUGUGUACAGCAAGGAAACGCAUUCCUUUGGAUGAAUCUGCUACAAAAGAUGUAAUGGCAACCCAACUUCAAGUGGCUUAUGACUGGGUCAGAGAAAAAUAUUCUAUAGCCAAAGAGAAGUAUGAGGAGGCCUUUUUUAUCAAGCCUGACUUUUAUGAGGGGUUGCUGGCCUUGGGGAACAGCAAUUUGAAAUGGCAAAACUUCAUUAGUCAUUUGCUUUGGCUAAGAAAUUAGACCUCUCAGGUUGGGAUGCUACAGAAACGAUUAAGCUUUUUGAUAGUGCUGAGGAGAAGGUGAAAGCUAAGACUGAGGUACAAAGUCCAUCUUUCCAAGGGUACAGUUUUGCAGAAGAGGGGAAAGUACUUGAAGAUGGGGUAUUCAAAUGGUCACAAAUUGAAUUAGAAACUAGGCUAAAUACUUUCAUGAAGCUAGUUGCUUCAGAGGGGCAGUAGGCGUAAUCUAUUGAGAUAUUUGGAAGAGGAGGUCCUGCACCAGGAUUUGGACUUGGUGCCUAUGGUGGAGGACGUGGGAGAUACUUGGCUAAAGAACCUGAUGAAUUUCUGAGAUUGUUACAGCCAUGAGUGGAUGACGUCUUCCUCAUCUUUGCAUGGCUAUACAUGGCCUUCACAAAACCCAUGCACGUCACCAUACCUCACAUCAUCCGUUUUCAUUCCAUCACUUAAUACCCACAAAGUCCUUUGCUAUCAUUAUUCAACCUUCUCAUACCCAUCUCCUGCACCACUCAUCCUUCACAUUCAUCUACCCACUUCUCUCUCUAAACCUCCAUGCCUUUGUUCCAAUGCAAGCUCUAUUCUGUCAUCAAUCUCUGAAACCCAAGAAAUCUGUAAAUCAUCCUUGGUAGCAUACACUACCCUCUUGGCUGCUUCGACCCUUCACGCAUGCACCCACUUUCCAAUAUCCAUCAAACCCACCUAUCCAUCACAACCAAUGCCACAGCUGGCCCCAUCACCAAACCAACUUCCCUUAUCACCUUCCGUUACCCGUUUUGCCACUCUUUCAUCACCUAUUGGUUUUCUAUCUUCUCACGUACAUGGAGCUUUGCACUUUCCUCUGCUAAUAGUGCAAUAUAUGACACACUUUGUCGGCGCCUUGUUGGCAUAUGCAAUGCUGUUAUUAUGUCUCUGAAUUAUCGGCGAGCAUCUGAAAACCCAUACCCUUGUCCCUAUGAUGAUGGCUGGGCUGCUCUUAAGUGGCUUAACUCUAAGCCAUGGCUUAGAAGUGAAGAUGGACUGUCUCCUCGUCUCAAUUUGUCCUCCAGUUCCUUUCACCCAUCUGAAGUUCUCUAGUCCAUAUGAAACAACCAUCAAUGAACAGAUCAGCGUGGAAUGCAACGUCUGCAAUGCCUACCCUACUCGGUAUGCCUAUUAUGUGGAGAUAAUAUUGCUCUCGAGGCUUUUACUGAAUUUUGCAAGGAAUCUAAUACAAAGGAAAGAGAGCAAUGCUGAGAAAUUGAUGAAAUACCAGAAUAUACACGCAGGAAAAGUGAAGUUACGGGUCGUAAUGAGGCUACUGUCAGGACUUGAUAAUGAUGAAAAAGAGGAUGCAUUGCAUGUAGUUUUACAUGUAAAAUACCUGUUAGCGUGCUGAAAUUUUCUACAAUGAGCCAAUCAGAGACCUGUUUGCCACUUUACCAACCUGGUGUCUUGAUCCAGGUUUAUGAGGGUGGGAGAACAAGAACCAGGGACAAUAACUUGUUGGGCAAAUUCGAACUCUCUGGCAUUCCUCCUGCUCUCAGGGGUGUCCCUCAAAUCACUGUUUGCUUUGACAUUGAUGCCAAUGGCAUCUUGAAUGUCUCUGGCAGAGGACAAGACCACCUGCCAAAAGAACAAGAUCACUAUUACCAAUGACAAGGGAAGGUUGUCCAAGGAAGAGAUUGAUAAUAUGGUCCAGGAGGCUGAGAAGUACAAGUCUGAAGACGAGUAGCACAAAAAGAAGGUUGUCCAAGGAAGAGAUUGAUAAUAUGGUCCAGGAGGCUGAGGAGUACAAGUCUGAAGACGAGUAGCACAAAAAGAAGGUUGAGGCUAAGAACGCUUUGGAGAACUACGCCUACAACGUGAGGAACACUGUCAAAGAUGAGAAAAUCAGUACCAAGUUUCCUCCAGCAGACAAGAAGAAAAUUGAAGAUGCUGUUGAGCACGCCAUUCAAUGGUUGGACGGUAACCAGCUUGCAGAAGCAGAUGAGUUUGAGGACAAGAUGAAGGAGCUGGAGAGCAUCUGCAAUCCCAUUGUUGGAAAGAUGUAUUGGGGUGCUGGUGGUCUUGAAGCCGGCGUCGGUGCCUUGGACGACGAUGGCCCUUCUGUUGAUGGCAGUGUUGCAGGACCUAAGAUUGAAGAGGAGGAUUGGUUGAGGAGUUGGAAGCAGCACGACAAAGGCUGGUUCAUGAAGUAAAUAAACCACCUAGAGGGAAAAGAACAAAGAAUGGUGUCGUUCCUCCUUUAGCAACUAGAGCUACUCUUUCAGCGUGGCCGUCAAGUGGUGUUGGUGUUUUUGGGCGCACAAAUAGUUCCACAUCCCAAGGUGCUACUCCAUUUCAGUCACAUGAUCAUGGUGCUACUUCAGUUGCUCCUGGUAUUGGUGUCAAUGAAAGGUCUACAGAAGAGUUCAAUGUUGUUGUUAGGAGGGAAAAUGGCAUGCCUAAUCCAUCAUCUAACAAUGUUAUGGUUGUUGAAGAGGUCGAUAUGGUUACUGAUUCCGUUGCUUCAGCAGCAGUCAGCAAUGAUACUGGUGAAAGGAUGAGGGAAGAGCAUACCGUUCCUGUUUGCAGGGACAAUGCUGUGUCUAACCUGUCCUCUAAUGCUGUUUCAGAUGCUGCUGAGGUCCAUAUGGUUGCUGUUCCCAUAACUGGGGAAAAUGAUGUACCUAACACAUCCCAUAAUGUUGUUUCUGAUGUGGAGGAGAUUCCUAUGGUUGAUGAGGUUGACCACCCACUGAUACUAACUCGAGAGUAAAUAUGUGGUUACAAGGGACCUGCCUAUGUGGGGAUAUCUGUUCAAAUCCACAGCUCCAGAAGCAGAUAGUAAGUUCGCAAGUAUUUGCCCGAGCAAGAAUUGGGUGACUGUACAAUUAUCUCAGAUUGCAAUAGAGAAGUUCCUAGCGCAGCUUAUGGCGUCAAAAAUGAACAAACGAUUGAAGGAAGGUACAUACAAGGGGAAGGAAUUCAACGCCAUCUGCCACUUCUUUGGUUAUCAGACUUUGGGAUAUUUGUUGAAGGAUGGAGCCCACAUCAGAACCCUAAUAAUUCAUCUUCAGCUUUUACUAAUCUGUCAACAGCUGUUCCUAAUUUGGAUGGGGACAGGUUCGAUUUUUCUUCAUCGUAAAUGUUGAGGUAUGACCCUUCAGUGAGUAAGCACGGUAUCCCUCCAGAAUGAGCCCAUCAUUGCUGCAUGGAGUGCAUGGUCACCUGUGUCCUUAUUUUUAUUUAUUUAUUCUUCAUCUUUGAUUUUAAUAGUUUCUUAAACUCUAGUUUGUAAAUGAUUUUUUUAAAUUUCGAAUUUUCAAAUAAUUUCAUCAUUCUAAUUUUUCAUCCUUGGACAUCA